AUGAAGUCGUGUGCUACCGGCCUCGCUGUUUUAUUAGCAUGCUUUCCUUACGCUAUCGCGGCCCCUGCGACGGCCGUUGCACCCACGCGGAGUGAGUCUGUGCCAACCAGUCAUGGGCCGUUUACUGGGACUCCAACCACAACCGGCGCGUUGAGUAACAGUGUGCUCGCCUCCAGCAUUGCCCCAUUGCCACCCAACCCUACAGCCACUACUUACCCAAGCGAUGGCCAGCUUCAUGAACCUCAGCCCGCUCCCUAUACCCCUGCUGGUGGGUUAGGGACCAACGGUACAGAACCUAUCUACAACGUCAGAAGCGAUUUUGACUAUCAGUCCUUGGCCAUUGCGCUGUAUCAGGAAUGGUUAGAGCUCGACCUAUUCCAUAAUGGGCUUGCUACCUUUUCUGAGGCAGAUUUUACUGCUGCUGGACUCACAGCUGAAGACCGAUACUUAAUUCAGUUCAUGGCAGAGCAGGAGGUUGGACAUGCCACCGUCAUCAGCAACAUGCUAGGAGCUCAAGCUCCAAUGCCAUGUGCCUACAAUUAUCCGUUCACAACAGUUCGCGAGUUCGUUGAUUUCUGCCAGAAGCUUACCCGCUUCGGAGAAUCCAGCGUGUAUGGUUUCCUUGAACAUCUGGAUUCUCGAGAAGCGGCUACCAUCCUGCUUCAAUCCAUUACUACAGAGGCACGGCAGCAGAUUAUCUUCCGUCAAUUCAACGGGCUUUUCCCAAUGCCUGUGUGGUUCGAAGUCGGAGUCCCCCAAUCGUGGGCGUGGACAUUGAUGGCACCAUAUAUUAGCUGGUGCCCGGCGAAUCAGACAAGGCUUGCGUGGCAAAAUUUCCCAGCCCUUUGGAUUCUUAAUCAACCGAAUCCGGCGCGUGUAAAUGGCUCAGCGGGGUAUAACGAAACUCUUACUGCAGGCAUGAAUACUUUGAGCAAUGCGAACCUCACUAGCUCACAAGCCUGCCUCAACACUACCGAUAAAUCCAACGAUUGCGGCCCUGCAAUCACUCAGAACCGGACUAUCCCACUCUCUUGGCCAGGCCGCGAGGUCCGGUUGAUGUGGGACACUCCCGGCAAGCCUGUCGGCCCCAACAAUAGCUAUAUAACUUCGUCUCAAGCUGGAUCUGCCAAGUUUGUCGCUUGGGUGACUCAACUCAAUGUCACAUACUCACCCUUGACCCUCCAGUCAAAUACUAGUAACAACGCUACCAACGGGACAAUGCAAAUGGGAACGACUAUCCAGCCUAACGUGGAAACCUUCGCUGGAGAUCCAGCCAUUAACGGCACCAUGUUCAUCGCAAUCACAGAUGCUGACCCAGUCCUGACGCCAUUCAACCUCAGCAUGAUCAAUCCACAUGUUGUGGCUGGCCCGGCGUUGUACCAGGCUGGAUGA